UAGUGUUUCUACAGUAAUUUGUCACAUGGCAACUUUAUGUAAAGCGUGUAUUGUAUUUACAAGUGUUUUCAAAGUAUAAUUUCUAACUUUAAAAAAACUUUGUAACAUGAUAAAGAUAAAAUAUCGGAUACAUAAAGGUUUAUUCUAAGAGAAGAAGAGGAUAAUGCAAUUUAGCCGGAAAAUGAAUCAACAUUUUAAGUUUUGGCAAAAACAGAUAUUAAGAAAAAACAUAGUUUUGGUUAAUAAAUUAUUUAGUUCAAUAAGAAAUAUAGAAAAACUUGCAGAAAAUUUAAAUUCACAUUUCAAACCAGUUCAGGAAAAAGUUAGCAUUGAAGUAAGGAAAAAUAUUGAACACAAAUGGAAAAACAAAAUAAGUUAUCCACUUUGUGUAUCUAAUGAAGUGGAAAGGAAUGAAAAAUUUUAUUUAUUAUCCAUGUUUCCAUAUCCAUCUGGUGAUUUACAUCUGGGACAUGUUAGAGUAUAUACAGUUGGUGACGCCUUGGCAAGAUUUCACAGCAUGAAUGGUAAACAGGUAAUUCAUCCUAUGGGAUGGGAUGCAUUUGGUUUACCAGCAGAAAAUGCUGCUAAAGACAGAAAUCAGCAACCAGAAAUUUGGACAAGAAAAAAUAUUGCAAAUAUGAAAGAACAGGUACAACAGCUGGGUAUUACAUAUGAUUGGAAUAGGGAAUUUGCAACUUGUGAUCCAUCAUAUUAUAAGUGGACUCAGUAUUUAUUUCUGAAAAUGUUUGAUAAAGGAAUGGCAUAUAGACAAAAGGCAUUAGUAAACUGGGAUCCAUUAGAUCAAACUGUCUUAGCUGAUGAGCAGAUUGAUGAAAAUGGUUUAUCAUGGCGAUCUGGAGCAAAAGUUGAAAAAAGAUAUCUCAGGCAAUGGUUUCUUCGAACUACUGCAUUUUCCAAAUCUCUCUACGAUAAUUUAGAUUGUCUUGAUUCUAUACAUUGGAGCCGUUUGAAAAAAAUUCAAAGAAAUUGGAUUGGUGAAUGUAAAGGGUUUAUAUUUGAUUUUGCAGUGACAUUUAAAGGAAAAAAGUUAAAUGAUUUCUUAACUGUUUGGACAGAAAGGCCAGAAUUAUUAUAUGGAGUAAGUUAUAUAACAGUUUCCUCAGAACAUCACCUUAAUUCCAAAGAAUAUAUUGAUAAAUCAGCAAAAACUUCAUCUGAAUAUCAGCUUUUAAUUAAUGCAAUUCAUCCGUUUACUGGAGAAAGUUUACCAGUAUUUGUAUCUAAUAAGUCUGAAUAUCCACUUGCUGGGAAUUGUCAAAUUGGUAUUCCUGGUGAAGUUAUGGAAGAUCAAUUGUUUGCAGAUCAGUUUACUUUAAAAAAGAUUAAAGUUGUUGAUAUAACAUCUGGAACAUUAAUAAACUCUGGAGAGUUCACUGGCAUGGAUUUGGAACAUGCAAGGAAAAAAAUUUGCCAGACUGCUCAAGAAAAGGGAAUAGGUGGUUAUCAGUCCAGUGCAAAAUUAAGAGACUGGUUGAUUUCCAGGCAGCGAUAUUGGGGUACUCCAAUUCCUAUCAUUCAUUGUUCGACAUGCAAUAUUGUUCCUGUUCCAUAUGAUGAUUUACCUGUUACACUUCCAUUUUUGGAAACUCUGCAAACAAAUAUUUCUCCACUUGCAGCUGUUGAAGAUUGGAUUAAUGUUGAAUGUCCCAAAUGUGGAAAACCAGCAAAAAGGGAAACUGAUACAAUGGAUACCUUUGUAGACAGUGCAUGGUACUUUUUAAGAUUUCUUGAUCCUCAGAAUAAUAAAGAACCUUUUAAUAGUGAAGUUGUUAAUUCCCUGUUACCUAUAGAUUUAUAUAUUGGUGGAAUUGAACAUGCUGAUGUUCAUCUCUAUUAUGCAAGAUUUUUUAGUCAUUUUCUUCAUAGUUUGGGAUUGUUAAAAGAAAAAGAACCAUUUCAUCGUGUUUUAUGUCAAGGUUAUGUAAAGGGUAAAACAUAUUUUGUUAAAGAAACUGGAAAGUACCUAAAACCAGAUGAGAUUGAUAUUGCAGAUUCAGUUGUGAGAGAAAAAGCAACUGGAAAGCUUGUACAAGUUGAAUGGGAAAAAAUGAGCAAAUCAAAAUUUAAUGGUGUUUCACCAAAUGAUGUUAUAGAACACCAUAGUGUUGACACAACUCGACUAUGCAUGUUGUCAUUUGUAGCCCCUGAAACUAAUCGUAAAUGGGAUGAUAAAGGUCUUAGAGAUGCAUUAAGUUGGCAACGAAAACUUUGGUUAACUCUUGAAACAUUUGAAAAAAUUAAAAAUAAUACAAAUCCUAAAGAAUUACCAGAAAAUGAAUGGAAAAAAUGGGAAAACGUUUUAUAUAAAAACAGAAAUGACUGUAUUAAAAAGGUUACUUUUCAUUUUAAUACAACAUGUCAAAUAAGUGUUGGAAUAUCUAAAUUACAAGAAUUAACAUCAGUGCUUCGGAUAAAAUGUAUUAUUCCCGAUGAAGAUGAAACCGAGUAAAAAUUGACAACUGGUGUUAUCCGGUGUUC